AUGUCAAAACUGUCGGGACUAUCACAGCAAAAUGAUGAGCCAAUGAUUGAGGAUGCUGUCGAAUGUGUGAAUUACAUAGCAGCUGAAAAUGUUCUUAGCCUGCCAUAUGCAGAAGAGAGUGCACCAACUCCUUUGCCAGGAAUGAAUUCCCUGAAAUGGAAGACAGUAUUGUUAGGAUUGAGGCAGACUUUUCCAGAUGCGAAUGAUCUCAAGAAGAAACUACACAAAUUCAGCAUUGCAAACAAAUUUGAGUAUAAAUAUGUGAAGAAUUCUAAUGCCCAUAUGUAUGUCAAAUGCAAUGUUGAAGGUUGUCCAUGGAGGAUCAGUGCGAGAGCAGCUGGAAAGAGUACUCCAGCAUUUUUACGUGUAACGACAUUAAAAAAUGAGCAUGUUCAUAAUGCCCAAGACAAUCUUCACGUGACACAUGGUGGAUCAGCUAGCUUGACAUCAUCAAUUAUAAUUGAAGAGGUUAGGGAUCAUAUAGACAUGCGUCUAAAUGAUAUAAAAAAGAGGUUGGAAAGAGAUUAUGAUGUGAAGUUGACAUACAACCAAGCAUACAGGGCCAAGGAAAAAGCGUUGGAGGACAUACAUGGCAGACCUGAUCAAACUUACAUGCUUAUUCCAUGGAUAUGUGACUGGCUGAAGGAAACCGAUGACAAAAUAGUGGCAAAAUGGGUGGCUGCAAGGAACAACAGAUUUGAGCGUGUAUUCAUAGCCUAUGGGUGUUGUAUAGAGGGUUUUAUUGCUAGUGCUAGACAUGUACUGUAUAUUGAUGGAAGUCAUUUAAGUGGACCGUAUAAGGGGACACUACUUUCAGCGUCGGCUUAUGAUGCGGACAACGAAUUAUUACCUUUUGCCAUUGCGAUUGUGAAGGGAGAGACGCUUGAGGAUUGGACAUGGUUCUUACAUAUGAUUAAGGAGAUAGUUGGGUCAAUGCAAUUAACAAUCAUUUCAGACUGA